CUGAAGCAACUUCAGUAUGACAAUGGAACAUCUUGUCUUUAAUAUUAAACACAUGCUGUCUUUUCUCAAUCACAGUGGUUCAAGACUAGGAUCUAUUCAUCACCAUGAUGUUCGAGUGGCUCAGCAUCACGUUGGUACUCUUUGCCAAAACAAACAAAGCAUUUGUAGCCUCAAAUGGUCAUUAUCCAAUCAGUUGCUCGCAAGUGGGUCUAGUGAUGGUGCACUGAAUAUCUGGCACAGUGAUCCUGGUGUGAGAGGGCAGUCACAGCCAUUGAAAACCAUACCUCAUUCUUCAGCAGUUAAGGCUAUGAACUGGUGUCCUUGGCAGUCCAAUGUCAUUGCUACAGGGGGUGGAAUGAAAGAUGGGAUUUUGCGUGUCUGGGAUAUAAACAGUGAAAAACUCCUCCAGAGUGCAGCUACAGAUUCUCAGAUUUGUUCAUUGCUCUGGUUACCCAAAACCAGUGAACUGAUGACUGGACAAGGCCUUCCUGGAAAUCAGAUGAAAGUAUGGCAGCAUGCAGGACUAAUCAAUUCAUCAGAACUCUAUGGUCAUAAAGGGAGAGUCCUGCAUAUAGCCUUGAGCCCAGAUCAGAGGAGGCUCUUUUCGGUUGCUGCUGAUGGGAUAGCUUGUCUGUGGAAAUGCCAUGAGUAUGAAGAGAGCAAUGAAAAAAAAUAAGAUUUUUUUCUAA